UAGACGCAGAGGAUAGAUAAGUUUUCUUUCUUUCGCUUAAGAUAACGAUAACGAGCACAGUAUAGUAAGCGAUUGAGCUGUUAUUUCCGUCGCGAGAGAGCUUCUCGGACAGGUUUAAAGUUCUUCACAAAAUUGUAGCUAAUAUCAAGACUGAAAGUGAAAACAAACUGGUACAUUUGCUGUCGUUUUCGUCCAGAAGCAGAAGAAGGUGGCUGAAGAAAGAAAGUCAUGUCUGCAGACCGCCUAUUGUUCGUUUUGGUGUUGUACAUUUGUGCAAUACAGUUGCGGGGGACGAUAGGAGGUAAUCCAACAGACAGAAUUAACUCGAGUGCAAGAAAUGCAAGUAACGCCAAUAACAGCGACAAAAACAAUGGUACAAUACCUUGUCAGGAGGAUGUCCUCGAUCAGUGCCCUCCGAAUGCAUCCUGUGAUAAAGGAAAAUGCAUUUGCAUGUUCGGUUUCAAGCUCAACUCCGGUUACCACGUAAAUACUGCCACUACCACCGUGCCACCCCAAUCGUCAGUGGUCAGCAUCACCUCCACCAAAGUUGCCUCUGUUGUAUACUGUUUGCCGGAUGAAGGCGACCAGUCGCAAACCUCAACUUCUGGUGAUGGAAUUAAGAACAACAACAAACCGACGACUGCUUCGAGUAGUGAUCACGCUGGACAGCUUCCCUUACGGGAACCGGCCGGUGCCCAUCACAUUCUCAGUGGAGUCCUGAUCCCGCUGGCCUUCGUAGUGAUACUGAUCGGUAGUGCCAUUCUUGCAAAACGUACUCAGCUAUGGUCUCGACUACGGCAACGAUUCCUUGCGCAUCGCAACCGUCACCGACGCCGGCCGGCGUACGAAGAUGUGGUGCUAGUCACUCCGCCGGUAGAGCACCACCAUUGAGGUCAUUUUGAAGACUAGCACGCACGCUCCAUUUAUCGGGAAAUGGAAAACAUUUGUCCCAAAUUAGUUGUCUUUGGAAAACAUUUCAUACUUUUGAUACACAGAUCCCUUCCAUCCACCCUUAGUAGAUAACACCACUAUCAGAAUGCAUUAGCAUUACGUGUAACCACUUUCUCUCUCUUUUUCUUUCUUCAUUCCAAUAUCUUUUCUGUAUCUUCAAACUAUCAUCCAAAAACUCAUCCUACCGACUUCAACGGUUUUGCAGUAGGGUUUGAGCCACAAGCGGGGGGACUAUGAGAAAGCCAAAGACAUGAAUGUAAUUGUGUGUUAUUUACCAGCAAACAUCGUAAACGAAUUAUUCUUAAUUGAUAACUUUUCCAAAAGUUUGAAGUCAAACUAGCAGAACCACGACCGAAUUCGAUCGUUGGGUAAGAAAAAUUGCGGUGUUAAAUGGAUUGUUUUGAGGAGCUUCCAUUCAACUUGUAUUACGGCUGGAAUUGUAUUAACUUAGCGAUUCAAGAGAAAAGCAACGACGGCAGCUACGAUACUGUUUGAAGCUAAACUUUUGGUGCAAAAUGCAUAGAUAGAAAUAAGAUUUUUCGUGUGGUGAAUACGCGAACUGUGUAAAUGAAUUCAAUUCGAAGCACCCUUGCCCAAAUGGUUUAGUUCUUGUAAUACAAGUCAAGCGAACCGGCCGGUGUAACAGGCAAUACGAAACACAGAAAAACUGAUCGCAAAUAGAUAGAUCCGUGUGUGUAACACACUUAUCAGAAGAAUGUUUGAGCGUACGAUAGCAAAAGUCUGUAAACUGUAAAAAGUAAGAUAUUAAUUUAUCGUCUUGCAUCAAUGAAGACAAUUUGUAAAGAUCAACUAAAGAUAAGAGAUCACUUUCAACUCAUAUCCAGUCAAGAGCAUCUCUUUUAUCGACACAAUCUAUGGGAUGCAUUUUCUUUUUCUUCCUAUGAAGCAUUUAAACAUAUAUUGCAAUAAUUAAAAUAUAGUAAAAAAAAGGACACAUAACGGACGUGCGCGGCGGAAUAGUGCUUAAGAUUACUUCUAAUGGGUUCCUUUUAUGUCAUAGUAUACAAAUCUAUAAGAGAUUUCAAAAUGUAAGUACAUGCGAGCUAACGAACGAACGAACAAACAAACGAACGAAAAGUUUGAUAGCAAAAUAGAAUUCUGAAACAUUGUCUGUAUUGGCAUUAAUAUAGCAUAUCAUUACUGGAGGGGAAGAAACUACACAACAGGACGUGUUCUUGUAUAUCGAAACGCACAGGACUUACUUUCAUCUAAUGGACUACCGGUCUUGGGAUUUGAAAAAAGGUUACAGCUACCCGUAUAAUUCCUUUCUUAGCAGCGAUCUAACAUUUGUUCUUUUGUUUGAAGGAUUUCCUUUAUACUGGACAUUAGGAACAAUACAUUAUUCUUGAGCCAUAAUUUUCGUCAUACCAAAAAUAUGUAUUCUGUGAUAAAUUUCAAUAAAUGUCUAUAUUUUUAAGGGAAA